AUGGAUGAUUACCUCUGUGAAGUAUACCCAAACCCAAACAUGGACAACCCUGAAGAAAAUUCACUUUCACUCUGCCCCAACGAUGAUCAGUACUUCAAUAUAGAGGCUGUGAUCACAAAUACGCACGUUUUCAGUAUCAGGCAAUUACGCACUCACUCAGACACUUAUUAUCACAGUUUUCCCAACAUCUCAAAGGAUAACAUGAAUAAAGAAACCAUUGAGUGUUUUCUUUCUUGCAUUGAGACGUUGCCAAAGGAUGCACUCAAGUUUGUGGGGGCGAAUAUCUUGGAAUGUGCUCAUGACAUGGCCACUAGCAGGACCAAUAAAAAUAGAAAGGUCUUGUCCAUGAUUGUGGAUGUGGUUAUCACCACGGGCAAUGAAGAUGAAACUGAUGAUGAAGAUGAUAAUGAUAAUGAUUAUGAUGAUGGUGGUUUUGAAGAGGACGAGGAAGAAGAUUGUGGGUUGGUGCCUGCAGCAGUGUCAUCCAUUGAGGGGUUGGAGACUCUGAGUGGUGAAGAAGAAGGGUUCUUGAAGGGGAAGUGUGCGAUCUGUUUUGAGGAUUUUCAUGUUGGUGUUCGUAUGCCUUGUUUGCACAUGUUUCAUAAGGAUUGUAUCACUAGUUGGUUGCAGAAGGCCAAUUCUUGCCCUCUUUGUCGGUUUCAGAUGCCUACUGAUGAAGAAAUUAAAUGA